UGCAGGUCCUAGUAGAUAGACUGCUAACUAUUCUGAGUAGGCUACUUGCUUUCUCAGUCAACUUCAAAAGAACCAUAAACGUCCAGGAGCAUAUUAUCUCCCUAGAAUCAACAAAGUACCAACAAGAUGGCCAUGUUACCAAAAAACCUUCCCAGACCAGAGGAGUGUCAAGGAGCACAGACUCUAUGGUAUGACAAGAAGAAAUAUGUAGCCAUCAACUUCAUGGUGCAAAACCCCAAGGAUGUUGAGGUUGAUAUUCAGGAUACCUAUAUAGUUUUAAGUUGCAAAGACGUUGAUGACAACAACAUGUACAAUCACAUUUACUUCUACGACAAAGUAAUGAAAUUCGACUCUCAAGUGAAAAUCUAUGAUCGCAGUAUCCACAUCUUGAUCAGGAAGGUUAAAGAAAAUGUAGCAUGGCCUCGCCUUCAGAAAGAUGCCAAUCUCAAGCCAAAUUGGAUGGCUGUAGACUUCGAAAACUGGAGAGACUGGGCGAACGAAGAGGAUGAGGGAAUGGCGGAGUACGAACAAUAUGUGGAAAUGAUUCAGGAUAUAGGGAGCAAGAAAGGCGCGCCACCUGCGAUGGAUGAUCUUGAUGAUCUGAGUGAUUGAACAUUUCUGAAGAGAGCCUUUCUCCGCAUUGGACGUGGUGGACGUGGAUUGAGUCGUCAAAGCCAUGUCGAUGGACUUUGUGUAUUUCCUGAUGAUGGUUUACUAUGAAUGUGAUGUGAAUGAAUGUUGUGUAUUGCUAAAUGUGUUUUCACUGGUGAUGUUUUCUGUGUAAUUUAUCAUGUUUUAUUGAAUGUGUUAUUUAUUAAAUCAACUGAAGCAGGGGCAUCAUGCAACCCAAAAAUCUGAGGGGGUACAAAGACAAAGAACAGGAUGGCUGGGGGGUGGUGGCCAUAUGUUGGAGAAUUGUGCAUAUUUCAAACAUCUGAAAUAGAUUUCCCCUGCUAUCUAGAGCCAUAUUCAUUUUUCUUAAUUCUUUGUAAAAAAAAACAUGUCUAUUUUUCCUGCAUAUCUAAGCUAAAAUCUGGGUAAAAGAUUGAAAGGAAUGAGAGUCUUAUUCAGUACAUUUACAGUUAUUGUUUAUUUUUAUAGUCUACCAACUUUUCCUGCAGGAAUGUCUAUAGGAAUGUAGAUAGUUAGACAAGCUAGCUACUUGAUUGAUAGCCUGAAAUGGCCUCUUGGUAGUUAGUUGGGAGAUUGGGAACCUAUCUGGGCUAGCGAAAGCCAACUCUAUAAUAUUGCUUCGUGAUUACCUUUUACUGCAGUGGGCUAAAUCAGGGUCACACAGAGUAUUUCUGGGUAGUCCUAAACAAAUCUACUUUGAAAUAAAAGUAUACACCCCA